CAAAGCAGUCUCCACUACCAGAGGGUAACUGUGGCUUGUCGUUUUGACUACACUCAAAAAUGGUGAAAGACUCUCCAAAACCCCCCAAGCCGUCGAAUCCAUCGGUAAGCAUAUGGGCAGCACAAUGUGGAAAAUGCUUCAAAUGGAGAAUGAUUUCAACACAAGAAGAGUUUGAAGAAAUCAGAAGUAAAUUUAUUGAAGAACCCUUUUUCUGCAACAAAAAGCCUAAUGUUUCUUGUGAGGAUCCAGCAGAUAUUGAGUACGAUUCAUCUCGAACUUGGGUUAUUGACAAGCCCAAUACGCCCAAAACCCCAAAUGGGUUUAAGAAAAAUAUGACCCUGAGGAGAGAUUACUCUAAAAUGGAUAUUUAUUAUGUUACUCCUUCAGGGAAAAGAGUAAGAUCUUCUACUGAGUUGGGCACUUUUCUUCAGCAAAAUCCUGAGUUUAGCGAUUUAUCAGUUUCAGAUUUCAGCUUUACCAGCCCCAAAGUUAUGGAUGACACUAUACCCUCUAGCGCUGUUCUUGCCAACUCCAACAAGAAGGCCGCAACUAGUAACACUAAAUGAGAUCAGAAAUAGAGGCUGUGAACUCUUCUCAACCGAAAAUGUUGUUAUGGUUUUUGGUAGGAAAACCCAAAUCUUGGAAUACACUAGUCAAGUGGAUGGUAAAACUCAGUCCUGAAUAAUGAUAUUCUUAAAAAUACUGAAGCAAAAUAUGUAACUUGGCCUGUGUUUGCAAGGAGCAUAGAAAGAGAACCCCUUGAAGGGGAGCCUUGGCGUAACUGGUAACGUUAUUGCCACAUGUGACUAGGAGAUCACCGGUUUGAGUCGUGAAAAUAGUCUCUUGCAGAAUUGUAGGGUAAAGUUGCAUACAAUAGACUCUUGUAGCCUGGUCCUUCCACGGACUCCGCGCAUAGCGGGAGCUUAGUGCACCGGGCUGGCUUUUAUAGAAAGAGAACUGCUAGGUACAACAUAGAAAGCUAAGAUCAAAACAUGGUUAAGGGAUGCAUCUGGGGCCAAAAUUCUCCCGAUUUGCAAACUUGCAGUUUCAGUCUUUCUACUCUUUAUCAGAUUGAAAAAAGAACAAUAUGACGCUUGUAUAUAGCCUGCUCUCAGAAGGACUAGUUGAGAACACCAUCAUCGAUCACCUAUACUGCAGAAAACUGUGAGCUUUUUCGUAGGUUGGCCUGUUCUUUUCUUCUGUCUGAAAGAUUCAUCACUUGCAUCUUCUUCACUUCCAGUUAUCUACAUACUGGAUAUUGGAUACUUCCAGUUUGCCAGGGUUUAUGCCCUCACAAUUUAACUGUGAACA